AUGGAAUACCUACAAAGAUGCUUCUUCAAAGCGACCAAUUGGAACGAAGAUAAUAUUUUCAACAACAUAACAGCAACAUCGAGAGCUCUCCUAGAUUUCCAGACCCCCAAUGGCGCUAAACUAGAUGUUCUGUCUCGGGCAUCAGACUACCUGGCGCUGUCCCUUACACUCCUGAACUACGGGUCUAUCAACGGUUCCAUAGCAUACAUGUACACGUCUGUACCGCUUCGAAAUGCAACGGGAACAAGGGAUGUUUCGUUACAGGACGCCAUCGCUGGAUUUCGUAUAAUAGAGCCCUACCACCAUAUCUCCGAACGAAACAAGAGCCCGAAAAACGAUAAGGCUUCGAUGCUAUACGGACGAAUGUACUUCCCAGGAUCUGUCCUCGAAGCUAUGCUCAUCAAGAAACUCUCGAGACAGACACAGCUCCUUAUCAAAUGUGUCAAUAACCCAAAUUUGAAGAGAAAUGGUACAAUGAUCAUGUACCUCCAAAGAAACACCCCAAGAUUUUCCCAGGAAUACAUUUACUCUACUAAUGAGGCACUCUUUGGGUUUAGGUGCCUAUAUAAUUUUGGCAAUAAUCGCCCCGCAUCUCCUCCGUUGAUUCCCAAAUUCGACAAUUCUGUCGUAUCAAUGGGUGCCGAAUUUUGGUACGCUGCUAUGACGAUGAGUCCUGGGCUUUCAACAGCAUUUCGAUACUCGACACGGUCCACAUCCACGGGCAAACCACUCACAAUGACUCUCUCAUGCAACCCUAUCUUGGGACAUAUUUCAUCCACAUAUAAUGUCAAGACGUCUGUUGCCUCGACUGUUUGCUCGAAGUAUGAUUUCAAUUGGUACUCAUACGCAAGCAAUCUUUCGAUCGGCUUUGAGCUCUAUAAUUUUUCCAAACCUUCGCCAAAAUCGAAUCGCAGACGCUCAGACCCAAGCAUUCAUCAUGAUAGUCUUGCGCCACCCUUUCAACUGACAGCAAACUUAAAUGAAAGGUUGAUCCUUGCAAACUCAUCCUAUAGGCCUCCAGAGGGGAGAAGUAUCUUGAAUCCCAUGCCUCCACAAAACGCAGGAGAGCUCACGACCUCAGAUUUGAGCCGUCUUCGAAGCGAGCAAGAAAUCCAGAACCAGACUGUAAUGACGGCAUUCCAGAGUCUAGUUAGCGAAAGUAACUUUUCCUCCGUCAUCAAGGCCUCCACUAGCUUGAGCGACAGAAUGCUCAAAUUAUUGUGGGUGGGGCGCUACAAAGAGUUCUUGGUAAGCACUGGUGUGAAAAUUAACAUUAAUCCCAUGAGCAACACACCAGAGUUCAGUAAGUUUGGCAUCACUUUUUCUUAUGCAUCUUAA